AUGGCCAAUUCACCUCAAAAAACCGACUCCGAGCACGCUCGCUUACAGAACGAUUUUGGAGCGGAUUACUGGGUUCGCAAUAAGCAGGAACAUCGUCAUUCUACUGCUGGACGCGGCCUCUUCGCUGGCUUGCAAGACGUUAAGCAAUAUAAUGUCGACAGUGGGUGGGCUGCACGAAAGUCUGGGAAUUCACAACAAACUGGAUUCUUUGGAUCAUUCUUAAGCCGGUGA